AUGACUUAUCACAAUGGCAAUGUGACAAAGGGAUCGGCCGGCAUCGAGUGUCGAAAGUCGGAGCCUGGCCAAGUGCGCCUGACAAAAGAAAGAGAACCGGAAAGGGCCCCUCGAGUGGCGCGGGCCCCCGUCGAUUGCCGUGGAGCAGACGAGAGCAUCCCCGAAUCGAGAGCGGAAUCUGCGAGAUCAAUUCACAUCGGCACGGAUCGCUACUUGAUUAAUAUCGCUUAUUUCGAGCUACCCGAGAGCUUAACGCUU